AUGCUUCUAUUUAUACUAUUCAUUACGACUGUAGUGGCAUUGCCGAAAAGCAGAGAACGCCCAGAUGCCACACCAACUGCUGAAACCAAGUCAAUCGAAGCAAUCCCAGAUGGCUCAUUCUUAUCAUUCAACAGAAAUCCUACUAUCAUUUCCCCUAUCGAGUUGGAUAGUAUUGCUGCUUCUAUGCCGAAGAAAAACGAGAAAUUACCUCUACAAAAACCUUAUCAGCCUCUUGGUGGCGACGACAGACCGAUUCCUGAUGUCUUGCCAAGAAAUGGAGAGUUCGAGUUCCUCGAAUCCCCGCCUGGGGUUGCUCCAAAGAUGACCGGCUCCGUUGCCGCAUCGUAUCCAAAUUUUGAGUUCUUCGAUUUUGGUGAGAAUAGCCGACCAAGCGCUGCAGCUGUCAAUCCGGCAGCCACCUAUCUUGAAGGAGGAAACUUCGAUAAGAUCGCCGCUCCACCUUGCCAAAUGAGAGGAUGUACAGGACCCGUGCCGAACGACGGCAGCUUUGGGGUCGAACCUUCUUCUGAAAAUGGGAAAGCAUGUCAUCAGAUUUUUGUUCCGUUGAAUGGCUGUACCAGCAACAGAGGCUAUCCCAUGGGUAUGCUCUGCACAAUCUGUUGUGAUUGUACAGCUUCAUUUGUGGCAGAAAUGACGAAAACCCAUGGUUUCAAGAUGGGUUUUAGUGCCAGCUGA